GGAAGAAGAAAGGAAUUCAAAAUUUGAAACACAAACAGAGACUGUGAGAAAAGCGAUGGCGACGAAAUCGAACAUGAAGGGUUUCUACAAGCAGAAGAAGACCGGUAUCUCCAAGAAGAAGGCCUCCCCCUCCGCCUCUCUCGGCUCCAAAGUCACUCAACCCUCCGCCCUCAUCUCCCACGCCGCUCCUGAUCUCAAAGAUGAUUAUGAUGCGCAAGAGGAGCUGCUGAGGCAGUUUGAUCUGAACACGGCAUACGGACCGUGCCUUGGGAUUACUAGGCUGGCGCGGUGGGAGCGUGCUUGCAGGCUGGGGAUGGAUCCUCCGAAAGAAGUGGAGAGUCUUUUGAAAGGUGGCAAGGUUAGGCUCGAUUCCUUGUGGGAUGGUCGCAUUUAGGAGUGGAGCUUGCUGUGGUAUUAGAGGUGAGAUGUUUCAGCAUCUUGCCGAAACUUAGGGGGUUUGUUUUACUAUGUACUCGAGUGCUGUAUGCAGAUUCUAGUAUGUUUAGUUUUUAUCUAAUGUGAUGUUGUGAUGUGGUUUGGAGUUAAUGGAAGCAUGCGGUGUUUGGCUGGAACGUGCUUUUGAUUUGUAAUGUACUCAACUUGUUUAUGCUAUCAUGUCGUUUCAUUUUCAUCGACAAUUAGAAGUUGUCUUUGUUUGUUCAAUCUGAAGUAUGACUUACCUGGCUGUGUUGGGGCUUAGAGUUGGAGAAAGCAUUUAGCAUCAGGCUGAAACUUGCUUUUGUUUU